AUGUAUUCCGCAAUUAGCACAAACGAGGCGUCUCGGCUCACGGCCACCCCAUUUGGCACGGCUAGCCCGGUUAGGACCACCGUUUGCCGUUUGGUUUUAGGGUCGUAUUUUAGUAGCCGGCCGCCUUUGUCCCCACUUAGGAUGAUAGUGAAUUUGGAGAUUGAAACUAUGCCAAAACUAGAGGGUCGUCGUAGGUUUUUGUCGCACGCACUUAGUUACAUGAACAACAAUCGAAAUUCCACGUACAAGAAGAGUCGUAUCAUGCUAACGAGCAGUGAUUGCAAAAUCUACAAAGCCAGUUUUUGGGCCUUCAUAUUUGACAAUCCUUCCAUCAUUAAGACCAGUGUAAGCCCCCUUAUAAACCCCGACAAAUCCUGUAUAAACCGACGCGACGUACAACGACCCACCAUGCUCGUGCACUUCCGUAACAUACGUCGCGUUAUACUCAUCAUAGAAAUUCACAGUCCGCGUAAUUUGACCUUUCGGCUCGUCAGUCUAGGGUACAAUUUUUGUAUAUUAACCGCCACCCAGAAAUCGCCCGACCAUGUUCUCUUGAUGUUGUCGGGAUUUCCCGGGAGCUCCGCGAAAACUUCUGUUUUACCGGCUCUCGGGCCCUUGAGCCAUAGCCUCGUGAUCCGGCACGCCAAGUACUCGGCUAUCAACACGAACAAGCCAUCUCGGCUCACGGCUAGGCCCGCGGGCCCCGCGAGCCCAGUGAGGACAACCGUACGUGUCUUCGUUUUCGGGUCAUAUUUGAGUAGUCUCCCGCUUUUGUCCCCACUCAUGAGGGUUUGGGUCAUGUUGCUGCCAUAA